GAAGUUGCACUGGAGAACAAACUUAGAUACAGGUCUUCGAACAGCAGCUUAGUCAAAGGCUCAGUGGAUCCACCCCGCAAUUAGCCGUUGGCGACAGCCUCAAGAUCUGCUCAAGUUUCAAAUGUUGGAAAUCUCUGCGCGGCGCUCUCGCACCAGCUAUUAUCUCAUGCGACCUUUUCAAUACUCAUAUAAUUGAGUGUCUACCCUCCAAUUAUGGCCGGGGAAUUCGUUCCGUUGACUCCACGAGAAGCUGCAUCAGGCCUUCUCGGUUCCAUCUCCUUAACCUGCUGGAUUUUUCUCUUAGUCCCCCAACUAAUUGAAAACUACCGCAACGGCAAUGCCGAAGCCAUCUCGCUCCUCUUCCUCUUCGUCUGGUUCGUCGGCGACAUUACGAACCUCGCCGGUAGCGCCUGGGCGGGUCUUGUCCCCGUCGUCGUCGCAAUCGCCGUCUACUUCUGUAUCGCCGAUGGUGUCCUAAUCGGCCAGUGCCUUUAUUACCGCGCUCGGAACUCGCGCGGCGCCGCCGCGCACCUUCGCGAAUCAUCGUCCGCUACACCCGAGCCAACGACGCCACUGCUUGGAAGAAGAUACAGCGAUGCGCUGCGUGAAGGUGAUGGCAGUCGGCGGCGGAGGGACUCGCGGCCAUCGUACAGCGCUGUGAAUGGCUCUCAGCAAGCGCAAUUGCCGGAUGAUACGCUUGCGAAGCUGGUUGAGGAGAAUAGGAUCGGGCAGGGGGCUUUCGUCAAAAAUUCUAGCAGUGUCCUGGCUAUUUGUGUCAUUGGAAUGGUUGGGUGGACGGUCGCAUGGCAAACUGGGGUUUGGAGGCCUGCGCCGUUGGGAGGUACGAGUGGAGGCGUCGAUAUGGCGCCUGGGGCGCAGGUGCUGGGGUACAUAAGUGCUGUCUGUUACCUGGGGGCGCGACUACCCCAGAUCUAUAAAAAUUACUGUGAUAAGUCUUGUGAAGGACUAUCGCUAUUGUUCUUCAUUCUCUCACUCAUGGGCAACUUGACUUAUGGUGCUGGGAUCCUCUGCCAUUCCACUGAGAGGAACUACUUCUUAACGAAUUUACCCUGGUUGAUUGGCUCUUUGGGCACCAUGGUGGAGGAUGCUAUUAUCUUUGCGCAGUUUCGCCUAUACGCGGUCCAGGAUUCUGCCGCAGAAUUUGCUUGACCUUAUGUCACGGUUAUUUGUUUAGUCAUGUGGUUUAUUGUUGCGGGCGCGAUGUUGGAAAUCGGUUUUCAUGUGGCCUGGCGUCAGGGUUACAAAAUUUGUCGACUUAAUAGAUGUAUGUCUACUAGAAAAUUACUUGGUCUACCC